UGUGUGGGUGCAAUUUCAUUUUUUCAAGUUUAUUCAAGGUUUUAGGACUUGCAAGAUAACUUUGUUUAGAAUAAUGUUUAGUGAUUGACGUACCGAUGUGUUUCAAGCUUGUUUUAUAUAGGCCUACAGAUUACCUGGAACAGGUUGUUUAAGCCGAAAUGACCUCUAAUAAAACUAUUGGUCGCAAGCCAGCUGUGUCUUCUGGUGGAGAUCAGUGUCCUUCGUCUGCAGAGACCCAGGAAAAAGAAUCACUUGAAGCUUCCAAUUAUACGGCAAACUUCAAAGACAAAACACCCAUGUGCUUGGUCAAUGAACUUGCCAUGUACAACAAGAUUUCACACCAGUACCGACUGACGGACGAACAGGGCCCGCCGCACCAGAAGCGGUUCAUGGUGACGCUGAAGCUGGGCGAAGAGGAGUAUGCGGCCGACGGAGCCAGCAUGAAGAAGGCGCAGCACGCCGCUGCAAGCAAUGCACUCAAACUCACCAAGUACGACCAUCCGCCGCCCAAGGCAUUCAAGUCCAGGCUCACCAAGGGUAAUAUAACGCCGACGGUAGAGUUGAAUGCGUUAGCGAUGAGGAGAGGGGAACCGACUGUCUACACAAUCAUUGAACCAGCUCCGGAUGCCCGCUUCAAUCAGUACCCUUAUGAUAAUAGAGGAUUCUACAAUCAGAGGGCGUUUGGAAGGAAUGGCGCGACCAGUUUCCGUGUGAGCGUGAAAGUUGGCGAGCGAACGUUUGAGGGCGAAGGCAUAACUGUACAGGCGGCCCGCCACGACGCUGCCUCCAAAGCUCUCGACGAACUGAGACAUUUGCCCGUCGAAGAGAACCGAGUAGCCAAAGGAUCCUCGCCUCUAUCUGAAUGUGAAGACUCUGGAUCCUGUGUUGAAAGUGAUUCAUCUUCGGACUUGAAAUCGCCAAUCUCACUCGUCCAUGAACUGGCGUUGAAGAGGAAUUUAAGCGUCAGGUUCCAAGUGAUUGACGCAAGUGGCCCUCCACACAUGCGCACCUUUGCCACACGAUGUCAGGUGGCCGACUCAUUCGUCACCUUUGGCGAAGGAAACGGAAAGAAGGAGAAACCAGAAACCGAAGUAGCGGACGAGAUAAAUCCUAUUUCAAGACUAAUUCAAAUACAGCAAGCGAAAAAAGAGAAAGAACCUGUAUUUACGCUGAAAGAAGAAAGAGGAGGACCUGAGAAGAAGGAAUUUGUUAUCGAGGUGUCCGUUGGAGAGUACUCUUACAAUGGAACGGGUCCUAACAAGAAACUAGCCAAAAGGAAUGCCGCUGAAGGAUUAUUACAAGAAAUGGGAUAUUCCACUCCAACAACGCAACCUGGUUAUAAGAAAAUGAACAUGUAUAUGAACCAAGAAAAGCAGGACGGGUUCAUGAAUCAGGAUAAGCAGAAAAGCGAAACAGCUGGAGGGAGUGGGGGUCGACAGUUGGUGCCGGGAGUUCUUCUCAUGACUGACAAUACUAGAAGUUCAUCCACUGGCAGCAACGGAAAAUCUGGCUCCUCGAACCUACAAACAACUGCUGCCCUCGCCAAAGAGUACAUAAAUGGAGGCAAUCAGAAUCAAAAUGAAGUUGGAAGUAAUUCGGGUGAUGGGAUGUCAGGCGUCAGACCCAAGGACCAGCUCACGUAUCUCGCCAAGCUUGUGGGUUUCACCGUUCAGUACUCGGAUUUUCCAAAGGUCGGUUGUCCUUCUCUUUCAAUCACUUUCCAUUCAUAUUUUGUCAAGUCAAAUCAAAGCAUGAUUUGA